CUCCCCCAGACGGCGAUGACCCCCAAGCCGGCCGGACCCCCUGACGGGGGCUGGGGCUGGGUGGUGGCGGCCGCAGCCUUCGCGGUGAACGGGCUCUCCUACGGGCUGUUACGCUCCCUGGGCCUUGCUCUCCCUGACCUCGCGGAGCACUUUGACCGAAGCGCUCAGGACACUGCGUGGGUCAGCGCCCUGGCCCUGGCCGUGCAGCAGGCAGCCAGCCCAGUGGGCAGCGCCCUGAGUACCCGCUGGGGGGCGCGCCCCGUGGUGAUGGUUGGGGGCGUCCUCACCUCGCUCGGCUUCGUCUUUUCGGCUUUCGCCCGCAGUCUGCUGCAUCUGUACUUCGGCCUGGGUGUCCUUGCUGGCUCCGGCUGGGCCCUGGUGUUCGCCCCUGCCCUGGGGACCCUCUCGCGUUACUUCUCCCGCCGUCGAGUCUUGGCCAUGGGGCUGGCACUCACGGGCAACGGGGUCUCCUCGCUGCUCCUGGCGCCCGCAUUGCAGUUCCUCCUUGAUACUUUCGGCUGGCGGGGCGCCCUGCUCCUCCUUGGCGCCAUUACCCUUCACCUUAUCGCCUGUGGCGCUCUGCUGCGCCCCCUGACGCUCCCUGGCGACCCCCAGGCCCCACCCCGCGGACCCCUAGCUGCCCUCGGCCUGGGUCUCUUCACACGCCGGGCCUUCUCAGUUUUUGCUCUGGGCACGGCCCUGGUGGGGGGCGGCUACUUCGUCCCCUACGUGCACUUGGCCCCUCACGCUUUAGACCGGGGCCUGGAAGGGUAUGGGGCAGCGCUGGUGGUGGCGGUGGCUGCGGUGGGGGAUGCGGGCGCCCGGCUGGUCUGCGGGUGGCUGGCGGACCAGGGCUGGGUGCCCCUUUCGCGGCUGCUGGCGGUGUUCGGGGCUCUAACCGGGCUGGGGCUGCUGGCCGUGGGACUGGUGCCUGUGGCGCGCAGCAAGGAGGGCUGGGGGGGCCCCCUGCUGGCCGCGGCUGGGGCCUACGGGCUGAGCGCCGGAAGUUACGCCCCGCUGGUUUUCGGCGUGAUCCCGGGGCUGGUGGGCAUUGGAGGUGUUGUACAGGGAACGGGGCUGAUGCUGAUGCUGAUGAGCCUCGGGGGGCUUUUGGGCCCUCCUCUGUCAGGUAAGGGCCUGAGCCAGCCGACCCGUUCGCAACCAUCCUCUGCCCCUGGAGUCCGAGGCCUCCAAAUUCCUUUCCCCUUCCCUUCAGGCUUCCUAAGGGAUGAGACCGGCGACUUCACCGCCUCCUUCCUCGUGUGCGGCUCCUUCAUCCUCUCUGGCAGCUUCAUCUACACGGGGCUGCCCGGGGCGCUGCCCUCCUGCGGUGCAGCCUCACAACCAGCGGCCCCUCCCCCUGAGAGGGGGGAGCUGCUCCCCGCUCCUCAGGUUGCCCUGCUCUCCGCAGGAGGCCCUCACUCCACCCCGGACACCACUUGUUGACUAUUUUGUUUGAGCCCCUCCCCCAAUAAAGAAUUUCUAUCCGGUU